AUCACUGUUUUACCUUCUCAAUUUCUUCCUUCAUCAGCACGAGUCAUUGAUUUCGCUUGCUGGGUUCGAGCUGUUUUUCUAUGGGGAUCAUUCAUGAUUGUUGUUGCUAGUCUUCUUCUUAUCCUCGAUUUUGAUGAUUUUUUUUAGUUUCAUACUCUCUCUUUUCUUAACAGCCUCAGCUCAAUAAUUUGCUGAUAUCCUUGUUCCCCCAAUCGAGUCAAAUUUAUGAUCUUCCCGUGACUCAAUUGUGGAGCUCACCCUCUUCAUGCCAAUGGGCAUUCUGAAGAUCAACCAUAAGCUAUCAGGGGCGAGUAGCUAUUGCAACCAAACAUCUUACCCCUCUAAUCUCAAAGGCACUGGGAUGGAGGACAACCUAGCCUUGGGCACAGAAUCAGGGGAUGAUUGUGAUGAUUGUGCCCUUACAGAUGUGAACUGUGAACUAGGUAUGGUUGAUGAUCAGCUCUGCAUCAUACCAUACGAACUUUAUGACCUUCCACACUUAAGGGACAUAUUAUCUUUAGAAACAUGGAAUUUAUGUUUGACAGAGGAAGAAAGGUUCUUACUGUCAGCUUAUCUCCCUGAUAUGGAUCAGCAAACUUUUUUUCUGACUAUGAGCGAGCUCCUUGGUGGUAGUGAUGUAUUUUUUGGAAAUCCCCUGGACAAAUUUUUCCGAAGAUUGAAAGGUGGAUUUUAUCCACCAAAAGUGGCUUGUUAUAGAGAAUGUUUGCAGUUCUUUCAAAAGAGAAAGUAUUAUCAUUCCCUAAUAUCCUACCAUGAUAAAAUGGUUCAGAUGUUCAAGGACAUGGGGAGGGUGUGGGACGAGUGUGAAAUGAAGGUAGGUGUUACUGAAAGACUUUAUAUGUGGUCAAAAAAUAGAAAGCGGAGGGACGUUGAUUUGCUUGACCUUAAUACCGUUCCCACAGAUGGCUAUAUUCUAAAUGAGGAUGUUAAGUCAGAUGCAAUUGUGUGCCUUUUGUCAAAUAAAGUGAAGUCUAUGGAAAGUAAGAGACCAAAUAAUAUUUUGCCUUCUCUCGUACCAAGCUGUGGUGCCAGGGGUGUUCUAAAAGUUAAGGCAUCCAAGAAUAGUGCAUUCCAUAAUCGUACUCCAAAGAUCUUCAGGGACAUAUCAGAAGAGGGUCGAACUGUAGCAAAAGGUCUACUGAAAGUAGUUCCAAAAGGUCCUGCAGUUAGACCAAUGCAACCAAAUGUGAUGCCAAGACGACUGCAACCGAUUUCUCUGGUCAGAACUCAAGGUUCAGAGCAUUUUACUUCAUCUCCUCUUCCAACAUCUACAUACCCUGGGAAUGUAGGCGGGCUUAUUGAAUUACCUUCUCUUUGGCAGAAUGUUGGUGGCAGCAAGGUCCAUUCAAUUCCAGAAUUUCCUAAGUGUGUCUUGAAUCAUGAGGAGCUUACUUUACGAAGCAGUGGAGACGUGCAAAGUUCUACCAGAAAGAUAAACAGGGAAAUGGAUCUGUUUGACGAUAUUGAUGAUUCAGGAAAACACAAAUUGUUUGGAGGUGAUGAGAGAAAGGGUUUUAAUGGGGAACAUUGGUGUAAGAAAUUGGGCACAAUAAACAAAGAAUUUUGUCCAAAAUCCUUGGAGCAAUGCCCAUUUGCUAUUCCUUACUACCAACUUGAGCCGCACUUGCAUACCAUUCCUAAGGAGCGGAUCUCUAUCCAUUCAAGACUUCCAGAAGUGAUUCCGAGAAUUUCAGAUAUUGGCAGUGUUCCUCGGGAAAGAGCAAUAUCAACUUCCUCAUUUCAGAUUAAUGGCCAAAAUGAUGCAAGCAUCAGAAAACUUGAUAAUCUUUCGAGUAAUCACAGUGAGUCAGUGAGGAUCAAGGAUGAAGCUGUGCUUCCCUUAACAUACAAGCGAAGGAAGGGUCAAUUGAAGCUUAACUGUGAGGACUUGAGCAAAUCAGUAACUGCAGGUGCUGAUCUGGAGCCUGGUAAUCCAAAAGAAUCAAAUCAACAACUCAGCAAAGCUGCAAAAUCAGUGAAGGUAAAGUUCAUGGGUUGGAAAGAUGCCCUGUUGGACAAGGGACCUUGAACGAAAUCUGAUGGAGCUAUAUAUGUAGGGCUCUUACAGAUACAUGGCUUCAUGCAUAUGUAAAUCAGUACAUACAUACGUAAAUGAAAAUCCUUAUGUCCAUGUUAUCUCUUUGCCAAUUGUUAUGUUUUUGGACGUCUCUUAGCUGCCCCAAAUACCUUGUCAGAUGAUACAAGGGAUACUGAUAAAUUUGGUCACCUUGUCGCAGUUCAAGGUGGGUAAAAGUUAAUUCAAGUUUUUGUUGAGUAA